UACUCAUUAAAGAGCUAGCAAAACAAAGGCAUUCUGCAGUUAUGUAGCACAAAUCCGGCUCUCCCUAAUAUGCUGGGCCCGGUUACCGUAAAAUAGCCUUUACGGGUUUGAAAGUGGCUAUAGUUUAAGCUUAAGCUAGUUGCGGUAGCCACAUGCUAACAGGCUAGAGUGAGUUUGCGAUGCGCCGCAGUUUUGUUAUUGUAUGUCUCUCGUCUCGGCCAGUGGCGGGAGGGAGCUAAUCUGCUGCUGCACCUUUCUUUCUGUAUUUUCGAUGGUGGACCUUGGCAAAUAAACUGCUAUCUCCCCUGCUCGUCGCAAAGCCAAGUGUUCAGCUAAGAUGUGGCAAAGUGUCGGGCUCACAUUGCUGGUCAUUGUGGCCACGUUGCUUUGUGUUCUUAUCUUCAUGUUAUGCGGCUGGUAUGUGGUCUGGCAGCUCUUCUUGUCCAAGUUCAAGUUCCUGCGCGAACUCAUUGGGGACGCGGCCUCUCCGCCGGCGCAGGCAAAGCCGUCCGAAAGCGAACGCGAACGCGCCGCCACCGCCCCCGUGCGCAACCGUCCCAGGACUGCACGGCAAAGAGUUGCCUUCCCGGAGAGCACCAUGUAGAUCGCCACUGACUACGCACCUUACACUAAAUGAGGACCUUUCCCAACUGACACUCGGUUGGUGACAGGACUUGAAAGCCAUUUGCAGCGCCAUCCAUUUCGAUGUCAGCCCUUCAUUAUUGGGCUUAAAAAAAGUGGUGGGGGCACCGACUGUAGUGGCCAUGGAGUGUCUGAUUUUAAGUUGACAUACAACCAAUGAACUUCUUGACCUUCUUAAAUUGCAAUGAACUUAAAGUUGUCAACCCUAUGACAGACUUAUUUGGGUAAAACAGCUGUUACCAAGGUCCUAAAAAACAUAAUAUACAUUUGAAGAGCGGUUUGCAAGGAGCUGACGAAGUUGCGUGGUGUUUGUUUUUGAUGCUGCUACAAACGACACAAGCUGACAUCCCGGAGCUCCAAACGGAUGCUCCCUUGCUGCAGACAAGCCACCCCCAUGGCGUCCAACCCCAUCUCUAAACUCAACUGCAUUUAUAGAGCACUUUCAUACAGCCCAGCAUCAAGUCUCGAUGGCGUCCGUGUUUUUUUUUUUUUCUUUUUCAUCACAUCAGCCCCUUUUAUAUUCCGUCUACAACCGGGCCAAAUGCAUUGCUGUCCUCUUUAUUUACAGGUUAACUGUAGAAAAUACAACUUACACCUUUUAAUGGAUGAUGAUCAUUUCUGUGGCGUAACCGCUUCAAAUCAAAUGCUUAGAGCUCAGUCCUGUUUUCUGCUCAAAUGUCUUUUUUUUAUAUUAAAGUCCUCAUUGAA